AACUCACACUUCCGGUAUUGCGUGGGCGAAAGUUUUACGAACAGUAGGAAAAGUUUCAGGAGAAAAAAAGUCAUUGUUUUAUUUAUUUUUUCAAAGAAAUAAACAAGCUUCCAAAAAAUUUGAAGAAACGAAAGCCAGAAUACUGACUAUGUCGAAUAACAACAGCAUGUCCUAUAAUGACCAAGGAGGAGCAGUAGAGUCUGCUACCGAAGCGGGGCUGGAGACAACUCCGACCACUUCAACUGGAGCGGGGUUCGGCCUCUUCAGCACAGAUUAUAAAAAAAAUGAUGACCUUAAAGCAAUGUUGGAGAGCAGCAAGGAUUCCUCAAAGCUGGAGGCUAUGAAAAGAAUUGUCGGGCUGAUUGCUAAAGGAAAAAAUGCAUCUGAAUUAUUCCCUGCAGUGGUGAAGAAUGUGGCAAGUAAAAACAUCGAGCUGAAGAAGCUGGUGUACGUGUACCUGGUUCGCUAUGCAGAAGAGCAGCAAGAUGUGGCUCUUCUCUCCAUCAGCACAUUCCAGCGUGCUCUGAAGGAUCCUAACCAGCUCAUCCGUGCUAGUGCUCUGAGAGUUUUAUCCAGUGUCCGAGUUCCUAUUAUUGUUCCAGUCAUGAUGCUGGCCAUUAAAGAAGCAGCUACUGAUUUGUCACCAUAUGUCAGAAAAACUGCAGCUCAUGCAAUUCAAAAACUGUACAGUCUUGAACCAGAUCAGAAAGAACAUUUAAUUGAAGUAAUUGAAAAACUACUAAAGGAUAAAAGCACGCUGGUUGCUGGAAGUGUUGUAAUGGCAUUUGAGGAAGUGUGUCCAGAUCGGAUAGAUCUGAUUCACAAGAAUUACCGGAAACUCUGCAACCUGCUGGUGGACGUGGAGGAGUGGGGACAAGUACUUAUCAUCAGCAUGCUCACCAGAUACGCACGCACGCAGUUCCUGAGCCCCUGGAAGCAGGAUGAAAUAUUGGAAGAGAACUGUGAACAAGCCUUCUACGGUUCAGAUGAUGAGAGGAACAACAAAAAUGUGCCUGCAUCCAAGCCCUAUGUGAUGGACCCAGACCACCGAUUGCUUCUGAGGAACACCAAGCCUUUGUUGCAGAGCAGAAACACAGCUGUUGUGAUGGCUGUUGCUCAGCUUUACUGGCAUUUAGCUCCCAGGUCUGAAGUGAGCCUCGUCACCAAGUCAUUAGUGCGAUUACUUCGAAGCCACAGAGAGGUGCAAUUUAUUGUGCUGCAGAACAUUGCAACAAUGUCUAUUCAGAGAAAGGGCAUGUUUGAGCCAUAUCUGAAAAGUUUCUAUGUGAGAUCAACUGAUCCAACACACAUCAAGACACUAAAGCUGGAGAUACUGACUAACCUGGCCAAUGGAGCUAAUAUCUCUACAGUCCUCCGGGAGUUCCAGACUUAUGUAAAGAGUCAAGAUAAGCAGUUUGCUGCUGCUACAAUUCAAGCCAUUGGAAGAUGUGCAACAAACAUCUCUGAAGUGACUGAUACGUGCCUGAACGGUCUAGUGCUCCUGCUUUCAAACAGAGACGAGACUGUUGUGGCAGAAAGUGUGGUAGUCAUAAAAAAACUGCUGCAGACACAACCAACGCAGCACAGCGAUAUCAUAAAACACAUGGCAAAACUUUUGGAUAAUAUUGCCGUGCCAAUGGCCAGAGCCAGCAUCGUCUGGUUGAUUGGUGAAUAUUGUGAACGAGUCCCAAAGAUAGCACCUGAUGUAUUGAGAAAAAUGGCAAAGGUUUUUACCUGUGAAGAAGAGAUUGUGAAGCUGCAGACAUUGAACCUGGCAGCUAAACUGUACCUUACCAAUGCCAAACAGACAAAAUUGCUUACACAGUAUAUAUUAAAUCUAGGCAAAUACGAUCCAAACUAUGACAUUAGAGACCGUACAAGAUUUAUUAGGCAGCUGAUUGUCCCCAAUGAGAAAAGCGGAGCCCUAAGCAAGUAUGCAAAGAAAAUCUUCCUGGCCCCGAAGCCAGCGCCAGUGCUCGAGUCUCCAUUUAAAGAUAGGGAUCGUUUCCAGCUUGGCACAUUGUCUCACACCCUUAACACCAAAACCUCGGGUUACCUGGAGCUGUCUGACUGGCCAGCAGUGGCCCCGGACCAGUCUGUCAGAAACGUGGAGGUAGUUGAACCGUUCACAGAGUCGACUACUCUAGCAGGUAAAGUGAAGGCAGCGAAGCCAGAUGAUGCAUUUUAUUCAGGGUCUGGGGAGGAGGAAGCAUCGGGCAGUGGCAAUGAGAGCAGUAGCAGCGAGGAGUCUGGCAGUGACAGCGAGAGUGGCAGUGAUGACGAGGAGAAUGGGAGGAAGAAGAGCAGCAGUGACAGCUCCUCCUCCAGCAGCAGCAGCAGCAGCUCCUCCGGCAACGAGAGCCGCUCCAGCCAAUCCGAAUCCGGCAGCAAGAAAAAGAAUCUCAAGAAAAAAAAUCCCAGAAAAGAGAACAAGAAAAGCGGUAAGAACGAAUCUGAAAAUGACGAAACGACCAAAAGAGGAUCAAAAACUAAAACAGACUCCGUUUCAUCUGAGUCAGAAGAGAGCUCUUCAGAGAAGAGUUCUUCCAGUUCUGAAUCUGGGUCAGAACCUGAAACAGACUCCGACUCGGGCACAGACCAAAAGAAACAAAAACCAAAGCCAAAGAAGGAAGAAACUAGAGAGGCACGAGAGAAGACAACAAAACAGGAAGUUUCAUUGCUUGAUCUGGAUGACUUUGCACCUGUGUCCAUGGCUGCAGCACCUAGGCCAGCAAUGCUCUCUCCCAGUUUGAUUACAGAUCUGGAAGGCUUGUCCUUAUUGAAUACUUCUCUAACCAUCGACGUCACCAGCCCAGUAUACGUGCCUGCGAAAUCUCAUGAGCUUCUCCAUCGAAUGAGUGGCAAAGGGCUAGCAGCCCAGUAUCACUUCCCACGACAGCCCUGCAUUUACAGCUCCGACAUGGUCUCUGUGCAAGUCACACUGACCAACAGUGGAGACCAGAAAGUGGAAGACAUUCACAUUGGGGAGAAGAAACUUCCCUCUGGCCUCCAGAUUCACGACUUCAACAGUAUAGAAUCUCUGGAGCCAGGGGCAUCAAUCACAGUGUCAAUGGGCAUCAACUUCAAUGAUUCUACCCAGGCUGCCAACUUCCAGCUUUGCACGAAAAGCGACCAGUUCAACGUCAGUAUUCAGCCAGCCGUGGGAGAACUGCUUCUACCAGUCACCAUGUCUGAGCAGGACUUUAGGACACAGCAAGGAAAGCUUACUGGAAUGAAUGAGAGUGCUGCUACCAUCAGCAUUGCUCCAGAAAACUCCUCAAGCAGAGCCAUCGUGCACAAGGUGGUGACUGCAGCUAACCUGGGGGUGGUACCUUCUGCUGAAGAUCGCAUCCACAGGUUUGCUGCGAAGACUGUGAAAGCUGCGGACCUGGUGCUGGUUACAGUGGAGCUGAAGGAAGCCUCCACAGCUCAGCUCCUCAUCAACACUGAAAAGACUGUGAUUGGCUCGAUGCUGCAGCGGGAGCUCAAGGCUGUCCUGUCCCAGGGGUAACGCACCUGCAUCUGGACUUCACAAUCUGGCACACAGCAAAGUACCAUCUGGUGGGGGGAAUAAAAAAUAAAUAAAUAACAUUGAUUCUCUACAAGCCCCCCCCCCCCCCCCCCCCCCCCCUGCCGCACCCCAUGCUUUGACUUGCUCAGUGCAGCUGGGUAUACCUUGCUAUCAUUCAUUUAAAUUCUUCUGUUUCUUAUUCUCAUAAGGUCUGAUGCCAUUGUGCCUAUUUCUUUUUUGUGUUUCCUCAGUCACACAUUCACAUUGAGGAAUAAAACAAGUUUGAUUUUGAUUACAGCUUUAGAGUACUGUACUGUACUUGUAAGCAACACUCUCUGUAUCUCUCACAUGCCACACUGUGUAUUGGAGGUUUGUUAGUUGAAAAUUAUUACACCAGAAAAACAAAUAACGCAGGCCAGCCGAGAUAUCGUAGGGAAAAUAUACAAGACUUUUAAAACUAUUUUAUAUGAAAUGAUUCCCCUCAAUAGAAUGAAUACACACACAGAGACAAGUGCGAUACACAUUCAGUACAUAUAAGAUAGUUUGUUGGUUCAGUUAUCAUUAGCUGUUUUGGUAGAGUUUGCGUCAGUUUUCCUUAUUUUCUUCAGAAGAUACAGUAGUACUUGUGUUAGUGAACAGACUAACCCCUCCAUCUCCGUUUUACCAAGCUUUGAAUGAAGAAAUACAGUACAAGUGCCUUCAAAGCUGAACAUAAAUGCUGUUUUGUUACUUGUCUUAAUUACCAUAACAAAAGGAUGCCAGUAUUUCCUGAUCAGUACACAAUGUGCGUACAGCAUGUUAAAUGAGUCAAAAUAUUAAAACUGGAAAAUAAAAGAAAUGUGGCUGAAAAUGCUGAAUUAUUAUUAUUAUUAUUAUUAUUAUUAUUAUGAUGAUGAUGAUGAUAUAUCUAAGCUCCUGUUCAAGAGAGGUAGAAAUGGGUGCUUUUGGUUUCUGGAAAUAUUCUUGUUGGUUCAGUGUCUUGUUAUAAGAGCAUCAUGGUGGUGUGAAGAGCACAGGUGUUGUUCUUAGCCUCCCUACAGUGAUUGAUGCUCACUAAACUUCUAUCUAUUCUACACCAACUGCAGUAAACUUAACUCUUCUUUUUUAUAGACAGCUUUCUCUAACAUUCAGGAAUACUGUCAUUAAGUGACAAAAAGUAUUUUUGACGAAAUGUUCAGUAGAAAGGCUAGGGUCCGAAGGGCGUGCAGGUUUAAGUGUGAAGUCCCUGAUUGAACCCCUAAGUUGCCACUGUCUACUUGUUGCCAAUUAACCAUCCACAUGUCAUCCACAACCCAUGCAGUGUUGAAGCAUUCAUGAUGUCCGGCGCAGUGGUCAGUACCUGCUGGAUAAUUGGCAGUGAAGUGUCCUGAGCCAAAAGCCAUGGCACUUAGCAGAAGACAAGGUCAGUUACGCACAGGUGAUGAUCGCUGCAGAGGAGCUUCAUGCUACCAUUUUCCCUUUUAAUGCAUUUUUAAAAUGUGUUUAUAGGUUAUAUUUGGAACACAGUCUCUCUUUUGCUUUUUGUCACUGUUAAAAGCAAGAGUAAAGUCCCGUUAGCAUUUGAAGGGCAUCUACCUUGGGGAUAGGGUCCUGUGGAACCUGGUAGGCUGAGAAGAUAUAUACGGUUUUUGUUUUUAUAUUUUGCUUUUUGUAUGCUGUAAUUUAAAAUAAUUUUAAAUUCAAUCCCCCAGUUGUAGCAGCAGUUAACACUAUACACAAAGCAUUGAUGUAGUGUAGAGGAAUUGCCAAUAAGUCCAGCAGAAGGAGCAGCACAGCCCCAUUGCUGAAAUAAAUGAGCUCUUCCUGAGCAGGUUGGUUUGAUCCAUAGGUAAAUCAGUCCUAACAGUUUGACUACAAAGUACACCAGGAUUCCUCACAGUACAGGUAAAUGCAUGGACAGAUGAUCAAAAAUUAAAAUCCAGAUUGUUCAAUUAGUUCAUUUCAUUCGAAGAGUUUAAAAAAAAAAAAAAAAAAAAAAAAAUGAAGGUGGCGCAGUGAAUAUUUCCUCCAUGCAAUAGCUGUUUUCCAGCUGUCAAUUCCUUAAGACAUUUUUCUGUUUUGAAGUUGAAGUCAAACUGUCUGCUUUUGCAAAACGUUAAAACAAUUCAGGCUGUAAAAUGUAAGUGGGUAUGUAAUGUAUUUAUUGGUUACUAUUUGAAAAUAUAUCUGCAUCUGUGUAUCUGUAUCUCUUUUUAAUACCUUCAAAAUCAAGUGCCUCGUGUUUUCCAGUUGAGAUCAGAAGUGUGCUAUGCUGGUUGUGUGCUGUUGAAUCUCCCAAGAGUGGUGCAGUAAACAAAAUGUUAGUGAUCUGAAUGAAUCCAUUGGCAAUCAAUUACUCAUCCGGUCAACAGAAUUCUUCAGCAUUGUCACGAGCCGGUAAGCAUGUAUAUUAUGAGCACACAACUACAGAUCCUCUAGCCCUUCAUUUUAAAGCACUGUGCAUUCAGAAUUCCGUGGUUCAGAUCUUAUUGUGGGCCUGUUUAUCAAGACUGACACUUCUGGUUCAUUCCUGCGUGCAUCUCUACUAUGGUCUAUUGGGAAACCAUGCACCACAUGUAUAAAACACUGCCAUGCUGGUGUAAGCAUCGCAUUAAUGUGGAUUUACUUUUGCACUAAUACUUCCUGACUGUGGUCCUACCUGCCACCAUUGUGUAUGAAUCUGUGCCUUUUUAAAUGUCUUUUUGUUAAAUAAUUAAUAAAAGCAUACUCAGAAUAAACAACUACGAUUCUAGCCUGUUUAGUCAAGCGAGUUAAAACAAUUAUUAGCAUACAUUGUAACAUCACAGCUUAAGAGGAACAAGCAUGGGUUUGUGCCUUAGAGGUUGUCAUGUAUUGUCACCUAUGAUUUUUUUUCUUUCUUUUAAAUAACAUUAACUCCUGUUUUUCCACCCAACUCCAGUUUCCAAUGUCAAGCAACUUGCCAAUGUAGUUGAGUCAUCACUAGGUAGAUUUACUUCAAUAGCAGUUUAGUCAUUUGAACCUCCUUGUUUAAAUGAUUAGCUUAUACUGUAAUUUGUAAAAUAUUGCACACGUAACAAACGAUUGGGCAACUAAAGAUUGGACUUGGCACAGCUUGUGUCCAGGUCUCUUAUUGAUCUAAGGUUACAGUACCCUUCACAGACAUGCCUUGCUGUCUAAAGCCCUACAUGAAGACACCAGAAGAAACUCAUCAUCCCACUGCCUCAAGGGUUAUUACACAGGAUUGCUGUGUGGACAUUUUAUUAGGCCUGUCUUGGUGAUUAUGAUUCAAAAAUUGCAAUUGCUUACUUUAAUCUCUGGGAAUUUCAUGCAAUGGG